AUGUCGACACCCAAUCGCGAUCCUUCCGCCACCUCGUCCAGACCGAGUCUGGAUGCCCAGUCGCCCACCGGCUCCUCUAGAACAUCUCUACGCAUCCCCUCUAUGCCCAGCGCCGCAGCCCAACACCGCCAAAGCUUCAACGAAUUAAGAGGCCUGCCUCCCUCUCCCAGAUCCCAACGACCACCUUCUCUGUCGCAGUUGGCCGUGCAAGAACUCAUCGACAAUCCCCCAAUGAAGAACCCCGAUCCCAAAUUCGCAGGUCGCGAAUGGACCACCAUCAAGGUUAAAGAGCUGGUCAGCCCAGGGGACCUUCGGUUCGUGGACAUCAAGACGGCGGUGGAAUCAGCCACAAAGAUCCUCGUCGAGUCAGGAGCCCCCGCUCUGCUCGUCCGCGAAAACGCCGAGUCUGACGACUCGCCCGUCAUUGGGACGUUCGACUAUCGCGACCUCAAUGCCUAUCUUCUGUUGGUCGUGGGUCUGAUCAAACCCGAGGAUGAUGAUCGUGCCGAAGAACUGGAAAGAUUGGCUCAACAAGCACGCGAAGGAAAGGCCAUGCACCUCCGAGACAUCAAGUCUCUCAGCAAGAAAGAGCCGUUGACAUUCCUGAGCGAGGACUCGGAUUUGCUCAAGGCAAUCGAGACGUUCGGCAAAGGAGUCCAUCGCGUCGUCGUCGUGAACGAGUCGACCAAAGAGGCAACGGGCGUCCUGAGUCAGACAAGGCUGACCCAAUUCCUCUGGGAGUAUGGCAGGAGUUUCCCGGUGCUGGAACACCUCUAUGCCCAACACCUGCGCGAUCUCAAGAUUGGUUCCAAUGAUGUCGUGGCCAUCAACGGUGACCGACCUCUGGCGGACGCCCUGACUAUGCUCUACACCGAAGGCGUCUCGUCGCUCGCUGUGGUGGACCACAACUACAAUGUCAUCGGCAACAUCUCCAACAUCGACGUGAAACUACUCAUCAAGUCCACCUCCCUGCCUCUCCUGCGGAAUACCUGCAUCCACUUCAUCACCGUCAUCCUCUCCACGCGCGGCAUGAAUGAAGGAAAGGACUCGUUCCCCGUGUUCCACGUCACCCCGCAGUCGACGCUCGCUCAUACCGUUGCCAAACUCGUCGCCACCAAGUCCCACCGCCUGUGGAUUACAGAUCCGGCUUCCCCGAUCUCCUCGGGCCCGCCCACACCCUCCAUCCAUUCCGCCACCCUCGCCCCGACCUCGAGCCACGCCUCCUCCGUCGUCACGGGCAGCGCAUUCCCGGCCGCCACCCCCUCCACCACCUUGGAUCCAUCUUCAAGCGCCAUAGUCGACCAGUCGCCCAAGACACCGUUCAUCACGCCCACCGGGCCCAGCGUCUCUGCGUCUUCGUUGCCUGGCGCCCGGAUUUCCGGCCGUCUUGUCGGCGUCGUGAGUCUCACGGACAUUUUGAUCCUCUUUGCCCGCGUCGGCGGCAUGGACGAUGUCGCCGACCCCAACGAGGUCCGCAUGAGACGACGCCGAAGCAGCUCCAGCAGUGUCCGGAAGAGUUUCGACCUAGGCCCACGUCCGUCUCUUACUGGACAAGGAAGCGGUGUAGGGCGCCUGUCAGGUGAACGUUCCAGGUCGAGGAGGAGCAGUCUGGCCAGCGUCUCAUCGCCUGGUAACGGAGCUGGGAAAGGUUGA